AUGUUUAUGUGUAAAGCGCAAAUUCCGAGGAUUAGGCAAUUUGUCUCCACUUGUACGGGCCCACAGUCUUCGAGAUGUUUUUCGUCGUAUGGUAAUAGUUACGCAGGUGGCGAUGGCAAAAAUUACGGAGAGAGCGUCCGUUCGUACCCGCAGUACACGGUUUUUGGCGAAAAUUGCCUACUCUCCUUAAAGAUACUCCUGCCAUCCUUUCGUAUUUCGCGAAACAAUGUCCUCUCCUUAGACAACAGCAAAAAAGGGCGCAUUUUGCUGGAGUUUGUGCCUCGGCUGGCGGAUGGAACAACUGCCCGGGACCAGCAUAUUCGAUUCGGUCUUUCGGCAGAAGAAGUGGGUUUGCUCCUUGACCAGCUUCCCAGUCAUGAAGUUGAGUUAUCGCGUCGCUCCCCUCCGCCAAACGGAGAGCUAGGUCUGUCGGCAAGUGCGUCGUUAUCGUCUGCUCCUGCGAAAGUUUUGCGAAUCACUCCCGGUGAAGGCGGCACCACAACGUAUUGUAUCGACCACGAAACGGACGGUGUGGGAGGUCAGAUACCAUUUUCUGGUUCUAACAACGUUGCGGGUCCCUUGGAAGUAACAGUGCACCUUGGGGAACAUAUCGUGAUGACGGAAAUUAUGCGGUCUUCGAUUCCAACUCUGGUAGGAUGGACAGCUAUGCUGGACGCGGCAGAACUGAAGAAUAUGGAAGACGCCAAAGCCGGAGUUGGCAAGUAUGCGGAUAAGCCAUUUGAUAAUUACAAUUAA